AUGGCUUUACCACCAUCUCCAUUGAACCAAAAGAGUUCGCGGGUUUACUCGGUGGCACGAGUUUAUAAGGAUGCGUGUGAAAAACGGCCGCAGGAGUACUGGGAUUAUGAGCAAGGAGUUACUAUAGAAUGGGGCAGGAUAAACAAUUACGAGAUUGUGAAUAAAAUCGGACGUGGGAAAUAUUCAGAAGUGUUUCGAGGCAAAUGUGUGGUGAAUGACGAAUACUGUGUGAUCAAAGUUUUGAAACCGGUCAAACUUAAGAAGAUUUAUCGAGAGCUCAAGAUUCUGACGAAUUUGACAGGUGGCCCCAAUGUGAUCGGGUUGUUAGACAUCGUACAGGACCCAGGCAGCAAGAUUCCCGCACUCAUUUUCGAGGAAGUGAGAAACGUAGAUUUCCGGACGUUGUAUCCUACGUUCACGUUGCAAGAUAUACAGUACUAUUUCAAGCAGUUGCUCAUCGCACUAGACUAUUGCCAUUCCAUGGGCAUUAUGCACAGAGACGUCAAACCCCAAAACGUGAUGAUUGACUCUUCAGCUCGUAAACUACGGCUUAUCGACUGGGGGUUGGCCGAGUUCUACCACCCGGGUGUCGACUACAACGUCCGUGUCGCGUCGCGGUACCACAAGGGUCCCGAAUUGCUUGUGAACCUCAACCAGUACGACUAUUCGCUUGACCUAUGGUCUGUCGGAUGCAUGCUUGCAGCGAUCGUGUUCAAGAAGGAACCAUUUUUCAAAGGUAGUACCAACCCGGACCAGUUGGUCAAGAUCGCGCGCGUUUUGGGGACUAAAGAGCUGUUAGCGUAUUUGGACCAUUACGGACUUAAAUUGCCUCGUGAUUACGACAAUAUCAUGAAGGACUUCGAGCGCAAGGAUUGGUCGUUUUUCGUUACUUCCGAUACUCCUCUGGCAACGCCCGAACUAGUAGACUUGAUUGACCAUUUGCUGAGAUACGAUCAUCAACAAAGACUCACGGCAAAAGAGACCAUGGACCAUCAAUUUUUCCAUUCGGAAUUCUAA